GUCGCAUACGGUCACACUUUGUUUAUGCUGAAACAGGCGCGAAAUUGUGUGAUUCUUUUAACCAUUUUAAAAGCACAAAGAUGCAGGCCAAGGCAACCGAAAGUAGACAGGAACCUACCCUGAAUAUGGACACAAAUGCGCGUCGCAAUUUCAUAAAAUUCCAUGCGAAACUCGGCGAGAAACCCGCAACUACAGUGAGGUUCUUUGACCACUCCGAUCGCUAUACGGUCCACGGCAGCGAUGACUGCGAACUGGUGGCCAAAAUCGUCUACAAAUCCACGGCCUUCAUUGGCGCCCUGCUGCCGGAUGACAAGAAGGAGACUCUUCAGUUCGUGUCCAUGUCCAAGGGCAACUUCGAGCGGGCUGUGCGCGAGCUGCUCUUGGUGCGCAAUUACCGGGUUGAGGUGUACGUUAAGAAUUCCAGCGAUUGGGAAAUCGAGUACCGCGGAUCACCCGGCAAUCUGCUGCAGUUCGAGGACAUCCUGUUCUCCAAUAAGGAGGUUUUGGUCGGCAACAGCAUCAUCUCGCUGCUGGUUAAGCUCGACGCCGGUGGUCAGCGGCGUGUGGGUGUGGCCAGCGUAGAGCAGAACGACUGCAAGUUCCAACUGCUUGAGUUCCUUGACGAUGACUUCUUCACCGAACUGGAGGCCACGGUGGUCCUGCUCGGACCAAAGGAGUGCCUGCUGCCAAGCAUCGAGGGCGACUAUAGUGCUGUGAAGACGCUGCUUGAUAGAAAUGGUGUCAUGAUUACGGUGCCCAGGAAGAGCGGCGCCAACGAUCUGCUGCAGGAUCUUAACCGUCUGUUGCGUUUCGCCAAGGGACAACAGGAGGAUGCCACGGGCUUGAAGGAACUCCAGCUUCAGCUGGCCUCCAACGCCCUGAAGACCGCCAUCAAGUACCUGGACCUGAUCAAUGACCCCGGAAAUCUGGGACACUACGAGAUCAAGCAACUGGACCUCAAGCGCUUUGUCCACUUGGAUUCUGCUGCCGUGGCUGCGUUAAACAUCAUGCCAAAGCCAGGCACCCAUCCAUCUAUGCCCUCGUACCGCUGGCAAAGCGUCUUGGGCGUGCUGGAUCAUUGCCGUACACCACAGGGACAUCGCCUGAUGGGUCAGUGGGUUAAGCAGCCACUGCGAAGCCGAGAUGUCCUCAAUGAUCGUCAUAACAUUGUCCAGUGCCUACUGGAAUCUCCGGACACAUUGGAGACUUUGAGUCUCGAUUACCUGAAGCGUAUUCCGGAUAUUCUUAUGCUAACUAAGAAGCUAAUGCGACGCAAAGCGAAUUUGCAGGAUCUAUUCCGCAUUUAUCAGGUCAUUCUGAGAACCCCGAAAAUUCUUAAAGUUCUGCUUGAACUCGAUAAUUCAACGAUAGAAAGUGUGAUCUGUGCGCCUUUUAAAAACUCCCUGAUGGAUCUGACAGGGCUCAAGCAGAUGGUCGAGCAGGUGGUUGACUUUGAAGCCAUCGAAAGGGGCGAGUAUCUGGUGAAGGCUUCGUUUGACAGCCGUCUAAUGGAGCUGCAGCAGACGAUGACGGAGCUUUAUUCGAAAAUGGAAGAGUUGCAAUUCAAAUGCACUCAGGAAUUGAAUUUAGAUGGCAAGAACCAGGUGAAGCUGGAAAGUGUGGCCAAAUUGGGACACCACUUUCGCAUCACGGUGAAAGAUGAUUCCGUGCUGCGCAAGAACAAGAACUAUCGCAUCGUGGAUGUGAUUAAGGGCGGUGUUCGCUUCACCUCCGAUAAGCUGCAGGGCUACGCCGAUGAGUUUGCCAGCUGCCGCACUCGGUACGAGGAACAGCAGCAGUCCAUUGUGGAGGAGAUCAUUCAAGUGGCUGUGGGAUAUGCUGCCCCGCUUACUUUGCUUAACAACGAGCUUGCCCAACUCGACUGUUUGGUGAGCUUUGCUAUCGCCGCCCGCAGUGCGCCCACUCCCUAUGUGCGGCCCAAGAUGCUGGACGAAGGUGCACGCGAAUUGGUCCUCGAGGAUGUGCGUCAUCCUUGUUUGGAGCUGCAGGAGCAUGUCAACUUCAUAGCUAACAGUGUUGACUUUAAGAAAGAGAUGUGCAACAUGUUUAUAAUCACGGGACCCAACAUGGGUGGCAAGAGCACUUAUAUUCGCUCUGUGGGUACCGCUGUGCUAAUGGCCCAUAUCGGAGCUUUUGUGCCCUGCAGCUUGGCCACAAUCAGCAUGGUGGACUCCAUUCUUGGAAGAGUGGGAGCUAGUGACAACAUCAUCAAGGGCUUGAGCACAUUUAUGGUCGAGAUGAUUGAAACAUCUGGCAUAAUAAGGACUGCCACUGACAAAUCCUUGGUAAUCAUAGACGAACUUGGACGCGGCACUUCCACGUACGAAGGUUGCGGCAUCGCCUGGUCCAUUGCUGAACAUCUGGCCAAGGAGACCAAGUGCUUCACUUUGUUCGCCACUCAUUUCCACGAGAUAACCAAGCUGGCUGAGACCCUGCCCACGGUUAAAAACUGUCAUAUGGCCGCAGUUGCGGAUGCGGAUGACUUUACUCUCCUGUAUCAAGUGCGUCCGGGGGUCAUGGAAAAAAGCUUUGGCAUUCAGGUGGCGCGAUUGGCCAAUUUUCCCGAGCAUGUCGUCCAAAACGCGCAGGAGGUGUACAAUGAGUUCGAGGACGAGCAUGUGGACAAGCAGAAGAAAGAGGAUAAGGCCCUGUUGGAAAAGAUUCAAGUGGCUAUUCAACAGCUGUCAACAGCCGGGAACAACGUGGACAUUAACGUGGAGGAUUUGACCCAGUUGGUCACCCAAUUUACGAAGGAUAUCGAACAGCUGGAUAGUGAUUACUUCAAAUCCGUGUUGGCCACUAGUGAGGCUUAAAAUGGAGGUAGGGUCGAAUAAUUUUUAAUCUGGCAGUAUUAUUUUAAGAGGCAGUUGUUUUUCGUACUUAUCACAAUUUUUUUAAUUUGCAUCACUGAAUUUUGCUCACAUGAUUAUUUAAGUUGCAUCAGCUCUUCAUCCAUGGUUACAAACCAUAUUCCUGAUUUGAUAACAAGGCUACAUCGAAAAUGUUGUUUAAAUAUUUCUUCCAUUGUAUUAAACAUAAAAUUAUAAUAUAGGAGAAAUCAACUAAACUAGAUGAUAUAUGAUUUUUUUACUAAUGCGCGUAUUCUUACACCAUUCAUGUUUUAAUAAAUUGCGAAUACAUACAAUUUGAUAUGUAAAA